AUGCGCCCACCGCUCCUUGUCGCACUCCUCGCGAGCGCACGGGCGCUGGCGCCAGCGGCACUCGCUCGCGAGGCGCUUGUCGCCUACCGCGCCAGCGAGGAGAACGUGGCGGCCGACAAGGUGCUCGCACGAGCACUGCGAGGCGAGAGUUCAUUCACUGACGCCGAUCGGCGGGUGGCAGCUGACGUUUUCCUCGGGACCGCGACGCGGCUGCGGCGGUACGAGUGGAUCUGCGCCCAGCGCGGACUGUGCGGCGCCGCGAGCGACGCCACUGCGGUGGCGGCGGCGCUGCUCCGAGCGCGAGACGAGGACGACGGCGCUUACACAUGGCCGGCAGACGCAGACGAGAGGCUGAGCGCCACAAGCGGCGCUCCGCUCUGGCUCUGCGCGCGUUGGCGGCGCGACCUCGGCGAAGCAGUCGCCGCCGCCGUCGCCGACCAGUCGACGAGGCGCGGGCCGGUCACGCUACGCGUGCGCGACGACGUCUCGAUCGGUGCGGUCGAGGAGGCGCUCGCGGCGGCAGGAGUGGUGACGGAGCGGCCGCCGGCGGGCGUCGGCAAUGGCGGCAAGAGCCUUGCGCUGGCGGCGCGAGCGAAAGAGCUCUGGCGCGCGGGCGUGGCGGUGCGCUGCUCAGACGGCGAGUCGAUCCCCGACGCGGCCUUCGAUCUCGUCCUCGUCGACGCUCCCUGCAGCGGCUCGGGCGUCCUGCGACGCUUAGGGCGGACACUCUCGCUCCUGCGCGAGGCGGCGUCGCGCUGUCACGACCGGCUCGUCUACGCGACGUGCUCGAUUUUGCGCGAGGAGAACGAGGAGGUGGUCGCCGCGUUCGACGACGACGCCGGCUUCGAGCCGUGGCCCUUUAGUCCGCGCCUCGAAGGCGCCGACGGACACACGCGCCGCCUCCUGCCGAACCGGCACCACGACGGGUUCUUCAUCGCGCGAGCCACACUCGCCGCAGCAAGCAGCCGGAGGCGCAUCGCCGAGGCACUGUGGCUGCGCCGCGAAUCGGUUGGGUUCGCUUUCUAA